UCCACCCCGAGCCGUAUUCAGUGUGGUGCUAUAACGUCUUCAGCAUACGUUUUGGGCUAGAAAGCCUUUCAGAAGCAGCACUUUCAUUCUGUGAGCUAAAUAGUGAGCUGGACAGAGGCUUGACUUGGGGCAAGAAGAGAAAUGGAGAACGGUAUGUCCUCAACCGGUGACGCCCAGCUGGACCAGGCUAUCCAGCAGUGGCUACAGUACGACAAGAACCCAAAAACGGUAUCGAUGGUGAAGGACAUGGCGAAAGAGGGAAACGUGGAAGCACUGAAGAAAUGUUUCUCCUCUAGGAUGGAGUUUGGCACAGCAGGUCUGAGGGCAGCUAUGGGGCCUGGCAUAUCCCAUAUGAAUGACCUCACUAUCAUUCAGACCACACAGGGUUUCUGUUGCUACCUGGAGCAGAGUUUUGGGAACCUUAAAGAGCGAGGGGUGGUGAUUGGGUACGAUGCUCGGGCCCACCCUCCCAGCGGGGGCAGCAGCAAGCAUUUCGCCAGCUUGGCUGCAGCUGUAUUCAUCAGCCAAGGAGUGCCAGUCCACCUCUUCUCUGACAUCACCCCCACGCCCUUUGUGCCUUUCACAGUUUCCCACCUGGGUCUUUGUGCUGGUAUCAUGGUGACUGCCUCUCACAACCCCAAACAGGACAAUGGCUACAAGGUGUACUGGGAAAACGGUGCCCAGAUUGUGCCUCCUCAUGACAAGGGUAUAUCUGAAGCCAUUCUGAAAAACCUGGAGCCUUGGCCUGAGUCGUGGAACACAAAGGAGGCCCUGAAUAGCCCCUUGCUAAAAGACCCCUAUAAGGAUAUCCACACAGAAUACUUCAAAGCCAUCCAGAAACACUGCCAUCACAGGGAAAUAAACAAGACUUCAGAGGUGAGAAUUGUGCAUACAUCUGUGCACGGUGUUGGUCACAAAUUUGUCCAGACAGCAUUCAAGGCUUUUGAUCUUCAUCCUCCAUAUGCAGUGGAGGAACAGAAAGAUCCAGACCCUGAAUUUCCCACUGUCAAAUAUCCUAAUCCUGAGGAGGGAGAGGGAGUCCUGACGUUGUCAUUUGCACUGGCAGAGAGGGAGGGAGCCUCUGUGGUGUUGGCGAAUGACCCUGACGCAGAUCGACUGGCCAUAGCUGAGAAGCAGGAGAGUGGUCAGUGGCGAGUGUUCAGUGGUAAUGAGUUGGGAGCGCUGCUUGGCUGGUGGAUAUUCCACUGCUGGAAGCAGCAGAACUCUGACGCUGCUGCUGUGAAAAAUCUCUACAUGCUGUCGAGCACCGUCUCAUCCAAAAUACUGCGCGCCAUCGCUCUGAAGGAGGGCUUCCACUUUGAGGAAACACUAACAGGGUUCAAGUGGAUGGGUAACAGAGCCAGAGACCUUUUGGACCAGGGAAAGGCUGUUCUAUUUGCCUUUGAAGAGGCCAUAGGGUAUAUGUGUAGUCCCUCUGUAUUGGACAAGGAUGGUGUGAGUGCUGCAGCCAUAGCAGGAGAGAUGAUUUCCUUCCUGGCGACUAAAAAAAUCAGUCUUUCUCAACAGCUCACUGCAAUCUUUGACGAGUAUGGCUACCACAUCAGUAAGAACUCCUACUUUAUCUGCCAUGACCAGGAAGUGAUCCGCAGUCUGUUUGAGCGCCUGCGCAACUAUGGUGACACGAAAGGCUCGUAUCCCACUGAAUGUGGUCGUUUUGCCAUCACCGCUGUGCGAGACCUGACCACCGGCUACGACAGCAACCAACCCGAUAACAAAGCUGUUCUUCCCACCUCCAGCUCCAGUCAGAUGAUCACCUUUACCUUCUCUAAUGGGGGUGUGGCCACCAUGAGGACGAGCGGCACAGAACCAAAAAUCAAAUACUACACUGAACUCUGUGCUGCUCCUGGUAACAGUGAUGUAACACACCUGAAGAAGGAGCUGGAUGAGUUGGUUGACGCCAUAGUUGAAAACUUUUUUGAGCCAGAGAAGAAUAAGCUGCAGCCGAAGCCACAGUAGCACCAAUGGAUCCAUAACAACAAGCAGGACAAGAUCUGCCUAACCCCUUCAGUCACCACAUCCACAAUAGAUAUUGAUUUAGAAAUUGCACUGUAAUAUUCAUUUUCAGACAUCGACCUAAAAAGAUUAUGUUGGCAGAAGAUGAAUUUUUAUCCAGCAAAAUUCCUGUAUCGUGACCUAAGGGGAUAAUAUCUCUGACCAGCAUCCCACAUAUUGUCUUAAUUUUUUUAAUGCAGGCUUUACAUCGAUUUAUAGAUAUGUUAAUGAUGAGUUAACCACAUUGUGUUUGUGAUGUUGUUGUCUGUUCAUUAAUAUUUUUAAAAUCAUCUCCAGGGUCACAUUUGUUGGUUUAUAUUUAACAGUCAUAAUGUUUCACAGCUUCGUGUUUUUUGGGGGAUUCAGAUCUCGGUGCUGCAGAUCUUAAAGCAAAGCGCACAUGUUCCACCAUCUUACAGUCACAGCUGUUCCUGCCUUCAGACUAUGAUGUCUGUAUUUCCUGUUUUUGAUAAUAUGCAUUCCACACUGUGCUUCAGCAUCAUCUGCUUUGCUGCUAAUGUCAAUAAUUAGAGGAGAGUGUAAAUGAGAACUGCUGAAACUCUUAUUGUAGAUUUCAACUCUGGCCUAAACUUUGUGCGUGUGAUACCUCGGUUUUAACUUAUUAAAAAAAGCAAUGCAUAGGUGCCAGUGUGUAAAACGACCAAAUCUAAAAGUUUAGCCCCACCAAGUGGAGACACACACUGCUCAUUUCGUCAUACUGUAUGAAUAAAUGUUAGCGCUCAAAUGUGCUUGAUAUCAUUAAGUUAAAGAAACAACUUUUUAGUAUGAGUGAAUUCACUUGAUUGGCUACAAACGCGCAGUUAGCAGCUUGCCAUAAUGUGCCUGUUUGUGAUAUUGCAUACUGUACUGAAAAUAACAUUUUACUAAAUAAAGAUUUCUAACAGUA